UGCUCUCCGAUUAAGAGCUCGUAGACUUUUAAAGAGACAGUUGGCAGAAUUUGAAAGCAGGGCUGCUCUGUCACCAUGUUUGACCUGAAGAAGAGGAAUAGUUUGACUCUGAGGGACAGCCGUGGGACGGAGGAGUUCAGACGAGUGGCGGUCAGACGGAAAGUCCAAGGUCCUGUGGGUGACUGUCAAACCUCAGAUGUGAGCAGUGGUGUGAGUGGUUCAUACAACGGUGGCCAUGCUCAUGACAGAGUUUCUGGACCAGAACUGAUCUCAAUUGGUACAGAAAAAGAUGAUGAGAAAAGCCCAACGAAGAGAUCACCUUUUAAACCCCAAGUGCCUCCUAAACCAGAUCACCUCCAGAGCCCUCCGAGGGUAGGACAAGAUCAAGCCUACAGUCUCACUCCAGGAAAAGUGCCACCCCAGCAAAAUAAUGGAACAGAAGAGAACCAGAAUAGAUGCAAUGGGGUUUCUAUUUCCUGUGUAAGCCCACAGAAUUGUUUAGACUCUCCAAGUAAAGAAGGGGGAAGUUAUUUUCUGAAUGGGGUUUUGGAUCCACAUAUCAACCCUGCCAGACAUGCUCAGGGGAUUCCGAAUCUUACAAGCAGGCCACUAUCAGGAUCUCCAAGCCCAGGCAAAAGAGGCAUUCAGAGCUGUAGCCCUCUGAGAGAAGAAGGCCAUAGCCCCGGUAAGCUGUCCCCAAGAAACUAUAGACCUCUCACGGGAAAACUGCGUGCUUCGAGCCCUGUUCAAGGGAAGAUGGGCAGCUACAGCCCUGCCAAGAGUUCUAAAUCCUUGCUAGGACUGCACAGAAUCUCAAGCGAGAAAAUGGAAAGGCGGGAGAAGAGAGCAGGAAAGUCUCUGAGUGUGCCUGACCUGAUUGUGUAUUUGGAUGAGAGCAGAGUUUUUUUCCCCUCUAGGAUUCCCUCAGAUAAAGCUGAGCGCUCUCCACUCAAACUGCUGCACUCACCCAAUUUUAAUAUACCUGCCAUCACUGUCAAAACAUCAGCUAAGCAUAGACGCAGUCUUACCACAAAUGAAGAGCAUCUGUUAAACAGCGGCAUAGAACAUUUCCCAGGACAAAUGAAUGGCAUUGUGCAGGAGAACAAACAGCCAGCAGCAAAUGGGAUGAGGCAAAAUGACAAAAUGGAAGAAGGCAAGAUACCUACAGGGUAUGGCUCCAAGUUUUGCUGCCAGUGGACAGUGGCAACCACAGAAGAUGAGAAGAUUCACAAUGAGAGAGCUGAACAAAAUGAGGAGGAGAAGCAGAAGCAAGAAGAGAGGGAAGGAGAUGAGCCGAACAAUAAAGAGAGCACAGAGCAGAAGUUGUUUAACAUCGCUACUGAACUGCUGCAAACAGAGAAGGCCUAUGUGACCCGCCUCCACCUGCUAGACCAGGUUUUCUGUUCACGCCUAACAGAAGAAGCAGGUCGAGGCUCAUUUCCUCCCGAGGUGAUAAGAAAUAUCUUUGCGAACAUUUCCUCAAUCUACUCUUUCCACAGCCAGUUUCUGCUGCCUGACCUGGAGAACUGCAUCAGACACUGGUGUGAGAGCCCAGGCCUGGGUAAGGUUCUUCUACAGCACGCACCCUUCCUGAGGAUGUAUGCUGACUAUGUCAGAAACUUCGACCAUGCAAUGGAGCUGGUGAGGACCUGGACCGAACGCUCCUCUGCUUUCAGAAACAUCAUCCAGGACAUACAGAGUCAGGGGAUCUGUGGCAAACUCACCCUGCAGCACCACAUGUUGGAGCCAAUCCAGAGGGUUCCACGUUAUGAGAUGCUGCUGAAGGAUUAUCUGAAGAAACUGCCUGAAGAUGACCCAGAUUAUGAGCUUACACAGAAGUCCUUGCAGACCAUUUCCAUGGCAGCCACACACUCAAACAGUGCCAUCCAAAAAGCCGAGGGUCUGAAGCGACUCCUGGAGAUCUACGAGAUGGUUGGAGAGGAGGAAGUCGUGAAUCCAACCAACGAGUUUCUCAGGGAAGGUCGUCUGCUCAAGCUUGCUGCCAGGAACACAUCAGCCAUGGAGAGACACCUGUUCCUGUUUAACAACUUCCUGCUGUGCUGCUCUCCAAAGUUCAGCCUAGUCGGGCAGCGUUUCACUGUGCGCUGCAGGAUCGGGAUGGAUGGGAUGCAGGUGCAGCAAACCACCAACGAGGAUCAUCCAUACACCUUCCAAAUAUCUGGAAGGGAAAGGAUCCUUGAGCUGCAGGCCAGCUCCAAACAAGAUCGAGAUGAAUGGAUAAAGGUGAUUCGUGAAGCCAUUGAUGUGUUUCAGAAGAAAAAUGAUACCUUCAGACUGGCUUCUAGGGAGCUUACUGUAGCAGAACCAACAGAGGAGCUUGGCAAACGAGCCCCUCGCUGGAUUAGAGACAAUGAGGUGACCCUGUGUAUGUCCUGCAUGGAGCCUUUUAACGCCCUUACCAGAAGAAGACAUCACUGCCGUGCCUGUGGUUUUGUGGUGUGUUGGAAGUGUUCAGACUACAAAGUGGCUUUAGAGUAUGACGGGUACAAGUUGAACAAAGUGUGUAAACCUUGUUACGCCAUCCUGACUGGCCCGAGAGGGGAGGGCUUGGAUGGAAAAAAGAGAAGAAUGCUGGAGUCCAAAGCAUCUCCAGGGCCUACUGACAGUGUAAUGAGUGGUUUCCUGCAGUAUGGGGACAACCCCCAGACCUGGCAGCGAGUGUGGUCCGUGCUCACCAGGGCUGAGCCUCCGGUUCUUUACCUGUACUCCGUUCCACAGGAUUUAAAGCCCCUGUUCACUAUACCUCUACUGGGCUGCAGCGUAGAGGCUUUCCCCCAGGCGUUUCAGGGUCAGUCCUGCUUCUGUCUGACCCAGUCCAAAACCAGCCACACUUUCACCUGCGAUUCUCUGGACAUCAAACGCAGCUGGCUGAGUGCUCUGAAAGUUGCUAUGACAGGAUGGCGUACAGCAUGCUCACUGGCUGUUUGUGACAACAGCAGAGGAAUCAGGUCUGGCAUUAAUGGGAGGCUCAGUGGUGAGAACUUUGUAGUCAGUGGCAACAAGGAACAUCGCUCUUGAAUGUUUGUAGUGUGUCACGU